AUGAAGUCUAAUUCAAAUAGCUCAGGAGGGAUAGACAAGGAAGGAGAAGAUGAGAGAUCAGGCCAGUUGGGCUGCCUGUUGGACCUGACAGUGACAGGUCCAAGGCCCAGAAAGAAUAAACAGACUCCAGGUUACGUCAGCUUUCGAAAAAGCUACCCGCCGGGCCUGACCGUGUUGCCCGGCCGACCGUCUGGUAAGGUUGAUGUGACCAAGCGACAGGUGUCAACGGAUACCUCCCAAGGUUUUACUUCAAACGAAAACCAGAGACAGUCAGGCCUCUAUGAUCACCUUAACUCGACGCUCCUCACAAUGUUGGCUCGGACAAUCAACCCAGACAACCAAGAUAUUGUUUCAUGCACUAGCGAAACAAAAACAAACCUCAAGGGCGGGCGGGCAAAGGAAGGCAUAAUCCCUCACGGUCUCCUAAGAUACGGUCAAAGAAAUACAAAAGCAUUGUUCCACACGGCGGCCGGCCACAGGCACUGGCAGGCCGAUUGUCCUCUUCCACCAUUUAGGAUCCACCUUGUUAAACUUUGCCAUUAUAAAUCAGUAACUGCAGUUGCAGCUAAUUGGCACCAGAAUAGGUUCGUCCUGACCCCAGAGGGACGGGCACAAAAGCUGGUUCCACUUGAAGCAGCUCUCAUUGUUACAUCCAGUGACUUUGAUGGUAAUAAAAUUGCAUACCCAAAUCAGGAAAUCAAUAAUGUUGAUGAUAAAGGAGUGCUGAAAGAAGAAUUGCCACCCGUGUAUGUCCCAUUAAUUCAUUUUGCAUGUGCAUCCAAUAUUGAGCUGUUUUGGUAUUUUUGGAGAGGAGACCCCAUUUGGGAGAAGAAAGGAACAAAACCUGAAAAGAUUCUUGCAGAGAAAAAGAAUACCGAAUAA